UUUAAGUGGCGUUGGUUGAAAGCAUAUGUUUAGCUAAUAUUUUUAUGGAAAGAGUGUUAUGCGCUAGCGUCUGUCAGGGUUCACUGGCGGGUUCACUGUUCUUCACAGAGCGCCUCUCAAAACUCCUUAUAGCUCGUAUUUUCUUUCUCCCCUCAGCGGAACGAGGCUGAGGGAGUUCUCUGUGUGUUUCUCGUCACUCUCCUCGGGUGUAUUUGAUUGUUUGGACCACUGAAGCCGGACUCGAAAAAGUCGUAGGGACCAUGACGUUCACUGUCCACUUCAGGCGCGCGGAAGGUUUAUUCACUGUCAAAAUAUCGAUACAGUGAUGUUCACGACACAUGGGGCUGAACUGGUUUUGGGUUCCAGAGACACCGAAAUCGCCUUUCUCAAUGGGACAACUGAGUUUUCCCCUACUGUAAUAACCACAGCGGAGUCCAAAAGUAAUGAGUCGUGUGGGGAGCAGCAUACUCCGGACUUGGACUUGACUAAGACAGUGAUCAUUGGGGUGAUGCUGAGCACCAUCACUGCGGUCACUGUGAUGGGCAAUACUCUGGUUGUGAUUGCGGUGUGCGUCGUGAAGAAACUCAGACAGCCGUCAAACUAUCUGCUAGUAUCUCUGGCUAUCGCUGAUCUGUCUGUGGCAGUAGCCGUAAUGCCCUUUGUCAUAGUGACCGACCUGACAGGGGGCGUCUGGCUGUUUGGGGAGGUUUUCUGCAAUAUCUUUAUUGGGAUGGAUGUCAUGUGCUGCACAGCUUCAAUAAUGACAUUGUGUGUGAUCAGUGUGGACAGAUACCUCGGAAUCACUCGUCCUUUGACCUACCCAGCGAGACAGAAUGGACAGCUGAUGGCUAAGAUGAUAGUCGGCGUCUGGUUGGUGUCGGCAUCCAUCACUCUACCUCCAUUUUGCGGAUGGGCUCAGAAUGUCAACACUGCGGGAGUGUGUCUGAUCAGCCAGGAUGUGGGCUACACCCUCUACUCCACCGCUGUGGCCUUCUACAUCCCAAUGGUGGUCAUGCUUUUCAUGUAUUACAAGAUUUUCAAAGCUGCCCGCAAAAGUGGGGCCAAACACCACUUCGCCGCACUUCCCCCAAUUCCGUUGGCCUGUCCCGAACCAGCGCUGGCUACCGUAGAGGGGCUCUGCAUGCAAGGGAUUAAGAACCCUGCAGCUACCGAGGAGUUUUCCACCCUCUCCUGCCUGUUGAACCGCGAACGCCGGAGCGCCUCUAUUUUCAGGCGUGAGCAGAAGGCAGCCACUACUCUUGGGGUGAUCAUGGGAGUUUUUUUGUUCUGCUGGUUGCCGUUUUUCCUCUUCACCACAGCACGGCCGUUCAUUUGCGGGCUGCUCUGCAAUUGUGCCCCCGUCUGGCUGGAACGGGUACUGCUGUGGUUGGGCUACACCAACUCGCUCAUGAACCCUUUCAUCUACGCCUACUUCAACCGAGACCUGCGUUCAACUUAUAAAGACCUGUUACGCUGCCGUUAUCGAAACAUCAACCGGCGACUCUCGGCUAUGGGAGUGCAUGAGGCUCUAAAACUCUGACUGCCCACAAUCUGUAUAUGGUGUGAAAAAUGUCCUCUUGACCCCUCUAAAGAUCAAGAAACACAGUUUGGAUGGAAUUCACUGGGAAUCACAAUAAGUCAGAUUCAUCAAAACAUUUACUAUAACUUUACCUAAACAUGCCUUUACCCACAUUUUUUAGGAACUCCAAAACAUGGUUGCUUCAUGGUUGUUCUUAUCUCAUGUUUGUUUUUUGUUAGCACUAUCGGUUGUGUUUAGGAAGGGUCCCACACAGCAAAAGAACUUCGCGGCCAUCGUGGCUUCCGGACCGUAUCCGCGAACGGACCCGUAUCGGCGUCUACUUGCGCGCAGUGACAGAUCCGCAACGAAGGCGGAUCGCGGACCCGCCGUGGCUCCGCACUGAAUCCGCGAUUAAAACCUUACCUCCGUGGCGGGUCCGUUUGGGACCUGCAAAUUGAUACAACCAUUACAGUAAAGGCGCGUGCGCGUCCACAGAUCCGACAUUGGUCCGCUCAGGAUCUGCUAAUUGACAGUAGAAUUUACGGCGCCGCCCGGAGGCAGAGCUGAUCCUCUGGGCGGUGCCAAAACGAAUGUGACAGUCACGCGGGUUUGGCGACUUGAAUGCGGAUCCGCCUAGGAGUCUCCUGCUGUGUGGGGUGUUGCUAGACCCUUAGGCCUAUUACUGAGCAUGAGCCCCAGUGAAAUACUGCUGUGCCCCUGUAACACAUUACUGAUAAAUCCUCAUCUUUCAAUAGAGAUUACAAUAAAACAAUCAUAAAGAGCGCUGGAUGAGGCAGAUAUUUACCUACAGUCCGUGCUUAAUUUGAGCCGGUGUCCUGACAUUUCAUCUUGACAGAACACCGGAUUCUGUUCUGGAAAAUGUCAGAUUUUGAAUUUUUGCAUUCCAGCAUUUCUUUUAAAUGAUCUGGCAUUAACAAGUGCAUUACAUGGUGACAGUGCGUGCAUGUAAAAGACAGAGCAAGACAGAGCAAUCACGCGUUUAUGCAGAUGCAUUUGGAAGUUGCAUUAUGGCCCUUAGCAUAUAUAUUUUUGACCAAUCUGCUUUCUUAAGUACAAAAUCACUCUCAUUGGUUGGUGCUUACAACUAAUUGUUUUGUGCAAAGUAAAGCGUGAAGUUUGGAGAGAGUGUAUAUUCCUGACAAAUUAUUCUAAUAAAAAUAAGUUAAAAUCGCCAAAAUGUCAAAAAGACAGUCAAGCUUGUUUUCAUUUUCCAUAUCCACGAGUAAAGCUGAUUGUGUUUCUGAUCAAAAGAGAUCCCGAAGAUGGAACUGCUAAUACGAAUCAGGACAUGAGCAAUGGGUGUUAGAUGUAGUCAGAAUCAUGUAAAAUCGAUGUAAUGGAAGAGGCAACAAUGUCAAAGGUGAGAGAGAAUAUCCCUGAUCAACGAAAUAAUAUUUGGUCUCAACAUAUGUAGUUAGGUCUAAGCAGAAACCUAUGAAUGCUGUGCCAUCACCGUUUAGUGACGUCAUUAUAUGUUCUGGGAAAACUGAAGCUGUAUGGUCAGUGUUGGUCACUGACUUUUAAUUGCAAUUAUUUGGCAAUUAUUAUUUUACAAAUUAAGCACUGCCUACAGUCCAUUUUAGGAAACUUAGAAAUCUAUUCUAUCGUUUGUCAGCGAUUUCAGCUUGUGAACAAUUCUACUGCAGGAAAAGACAGUUUAUAUAUAUCCAUAACAGUAUCAAAAAAGAGUAUCAGGAGGCCUUUGCCCCAGUAAUGAUGAAAGGAUAAAAACACCCUGGGUUUAGGAUGUUGUUUAGUAUAGGUCCAGUUGUAUGUUAUUUUCAAACUCGAUAGAGCAUUAAUCUUUUAGUGCCACUCACCUGACAUUUAAUUUCUGAACUGCCGUGAUGUUUACAACAACCAAAUAAAUAAAACACUGCCAGAUUCACAAUCUGUUUCAGAAAAAACUGAACAUUCUUUUAGCACAGCUCACUGGACAUUGCUUUGAAAGUGCAAUGACAUGCAAGAAGCAACGUAAAAAAGCAAUGUAAUAUCACUUUGCAGAAAUGUCGCCACAGGCACGUUUUUCCAGUGAGCUCGGGUUGAAAGUUUCAUGAACACACAUCCAACAAGCCCUUUCUUGUUAAUGUACUUUUCACUGUUCAUUCUGUACAUUUCCUGUUUUUACACUACAUUGCAACUUUGUCUAAUCAGCCUUCUGUGAUAAUAUCUGCAACACUCUUCAUGUGGAGGUCAAAGCAUGAUGCUUGUGUUGAGCGGUGUGCUGAAGCCUGAUCCAAGUCAUGUGAAAGACCUUAGAGGGUUAGUUCAACCAAAAAUGAAAAUUCUGUCAUUAAUUACUCACCCUCAUGUCACUCUACACCUGUAAGACCUUCGUUCAGC